GCAGUGGAACAGCCAACGACCGGAAGUGGAAAGGAGGCCUGGGCGGGGAUGAGGAGGCGCCACGGCACGCUUGCGCAGUCAGCGGGGUUGCAGUACGCGUGCGCAGUUGGGCGGUGACGGGGUGACGCUCGGAGCGUGGGCCGUGACUCUCACGGAUCCGGUUCCGCCCUCCCUUCUCGCUGUCGACCCUCCGGGACUAGCGCCCGCAAUCCUUUUCCCACAGUGCUCUGCGCCGUGAAGAAGCGGCUCCCGAGCGCUGGGGGCAUUUUGUGUUGGCUGGAGCCGGGGUAACAAGAUGGCGGCGUCGGCGGAGUGACAGGGGUACCCCCGGGGCGGGAGCCGGCGGCAGUGGUGGCAGCGGUAUCGCCGCCCUAACUCACCGCUCUCCUUUUCCAGCCCGCGACGUCGCCGCGAAAGUGAGGCAGCGGCGGCCGCCAGAAGCAAGUGGCCCAGCCUGGUUACCGUGAGAACCCCCUCAACAAUCUGCGGCCUGGCAAAAAGAAACCUGACAGCAGCGGUGAUUAGGUUCCCCUUGGCCGACUCUGGGCCCUGUAACGCCAAGAAAAGAGCCAGCGUUUUCUGCUUCCUGCCUCCCUCCGGAGCCUUGCUCCGUGGACGAGCCCUAGAGGUCUCCCGUUCUCCCCUUAGAGGUGUCGGGGCUUAGCCCCAGCCUCCAUCUUCGUCUCGCAGGAUGGCGAGCAGCAGCGGCUCCAAGGCCGAAUUCAUUGUCGGAGGGAAAUAUAAACUGGUACGGAAGAUCGGGUCUGGCUCCUUCGGUGACAUUUAUCUGGCGAUCAACAUCACCAACGGCGAGGAAGUGGCAGUGAAGCUAGAAUCUCAGAAGGCCAGGCAUCCCCAGUUGCUGUACGAGAGCAAACUCUAUAAGAUUCUUCAAGGUGGGGUUGGCAUCCCCCACAUACGGUGGUAUGGUCAGGAAAAAGACUACAAUGUGCUAGUCAUGGAUCUUCUUGGACCCAGCCUUGAAGACCUCUUCAAUUUCUGUUCAAGAAGGUUCACAAUGAAAACUGUACUUAUGUUAGCUGACCAGAUGAUCAGUAGAAUUGAAUAUGUGCAUACAAAGAAUUUUAUACACAGAGACAUUAAACCAGAUAACUUCUUAAUGGGUAUUGGGCGUCACUGUAAUAAGUGUUUAGAAUCUCCAGUGGGGAAGAGGAAAAGAAGCAUGACUGUUAGUACUUCUCAGGACCCAUCUUUCUCAGGAUUAAACCAGUUAUUCCUUAUUGAUUUUGGUUUGGCCAAAAAGUACAGAGACAACAGGACAAGGCAACACAUACCAUAUAGAGAAGAUAAAAAUCUCACUGGCACUGCUCGAUAUGCUAGCAUCAAUGCACAUCUUGGUAUUGAACAGAGUCGCCGAGAUGACAUGGAAUCAUUAGGAUAUGUUUUGAUGUAUUUUAAUAGAACCAGCCUGCCAUGGCAAGGACUAAAGGCUGCAACAAAGAAGCAAAAGUAUGAAAAAAUUAGUGAAAAGAAGAUGUCCACACCUGUUGAAGUUUUAUGUAAGGGAUUUCCUGCAGAAUUUGCCAUGUACUUAAACUAUUGCCGUGGGCUGCGCUUUGAGGAAGCCCCGGAUUACAUGUACCUGAGGCAGCUAUUCCGCAUUCUUUUCAGGACCCUGAAUCACCAAUAUGACUACACAUUUGAUUGGACAAUGUUAAAGCAGAAAGCAGCACAGCAGGCAGCCUCUUCAAGUGGGCAGGGUCAGCAGGCCCAAACCCCCACAGGCAAGCAAACUGACAAAACCAAGAGUAACAUGAAAGGUUUCUAAGCAUGAAUCAAGGAACAGAAGAAGCAGAGCAGAUGAUCGGAGCAGCAUUUGUUUCUCCCCAAAUCUAGAAAUUUUAGUUCAUUAUGUACACUAGCCAGUGGUUGUGGACAACCAUUUACUUGGUGUAAAGAACUUAAUUUCAGUAUAAACUGGCUCUGGGCAGCACUGGUGAUGCUGUGUCCUGAGUUGUAGCCGCUGUAAUUGUGAAUAUUAACUGAGAUAGUGAAACAUGGUGUCCAGUUUUCUAUUGCAUUUUUUCAAGUGGAAAAGUUAACUAAAUGGUUGACACACAAAUUGGUGGAGAAAUUGUGCAUAUGCCAAUUUUUUGUUAAGAUCUUUUAUUUUGAACUAUACUGCUUUGAGAUCUCAUUUCAGAAGAACGGCAUGAACAGUCUUCAGCCACAGUUGUGAUGGUUGUAAAUGCUCACAAUUGUGCAUUCUUAGGGUUUAUCCAUCCCUGGGGUUUGCAAGUUGUUCACUUAAAACAUUCUUAAAAUGGUUGGCUUCUUGUUUGCAAGCCAGCUGAUAAGGUAGCAACCAAAGAUUCCAGUGUUUGAGCAUAUGAAAGACUCUGCCUGCUUAACUGUGCUAGAAAUAACAGCAUCUAAAGUGAAGACUUAAGAAAAACUUAGUGACUACUAGAUUAUCCUUAGGACUCUGCAUUAACUCUAUAAUGUUCUUGGUAUUAAAAAAACAAGAAAAAAGCAUAUUUGUCACAGAAAUUUAGUUAACAUCUUAAACUGAACAUGUAUGUAUGUUGCUUAGAUAAAUGUAAUCACUGUAAACAUCUAUAUGAUCUGGGAUUUUGUUUUAUUUUGAAAUGGGAGCUUUUUUGUUUACAAGUUCAUUAAAAACUAUAAACUGUUUCUGUAAGGAAAUGAGAUUUUUUAAAACAAAAAAAAAUGCCUUGCUGACUCACUACGAAAUCAAAAUCUCCCCAAUUUUUUAAUAGACUACUUCAAGCCAUUUGUUACGUAAUAUUCCUUUGCGAAUCAUUUUAGAUUUAGUGUCAUGACUUUUUCUCAAAUUUUUUAUUUAAAAAUAUUUUUUUUCCCUGAAGCGGAAAGGCAUUCUUUCAUUUUUCUUUUUUUUUAUGACUUGUAGGCACAAUACCUAGUGCUGCAGCUGCAACUGCCAGGACUUGGUAUUGUAACUUUUGCAGCCUCAGACUAACACCUGGACUGAUUUGAAUAAGAAUGAAAGCGUUAAAGGGUUUAACUACAAAAUGAAACUAUUGUUUAAAUUCCUUGUUGAUUGGCUCUAAGCAGAUUGACUCCUAACCUUGGAGAGCAUCAUACCCUGUGAGGUCCUUGUGACUGCUGACCCUCCCUAUCCCCCACCCAUUUCUAUAAAUUACCUGCAGUUCAUCUCUCAGUCUUAUGUGUGGCUCUUUUCUUUUUCUGACCCAAGAGAAAGAAAAGCUUAAUAACUAAUUCUUUAGUGUAAUUUAUUCAUUUAUAGCACAUCAGGAUAAGUUAAAAGAACUUUUGUCUAAAAAUGCUGCCAGGCGCCUAUUUGUGUAAAUGUAGGUAUUUUGUAAAAUAACCUUGAAAUUGUAAAUUGACAUGUGUUUGGUCAGAUUGUGUCAGGUUUGUUUUCUUCCUUUUUUUUUUCUUUUUUUUUCUUUUCAUUUGAAAACUAUGUUAGCAAUAAUUAAUUCAAUGAUGACCACAUUUUGCCAUUAAAAGAUAUAUUAGCACCAUCAUACUGCAGAAAUCUUAAUGAGUAUGAACUUUGGGGUAGGCAGCUUCUUUGUUUCCUUCUAUCCACCCGUGUUGGUUAAGGUAUUUGUUUCUUGACUAAUAAACCCUUUGAUACUUUUAGCCAGAAAUCAGUCUCAUAAAGCUAUUUUUGAGUAUAGUUUGUGUAAAAUAAAAACGUUUAGCUUUGGUAAUAACUUUUCCAAGCUGAACUCCCUCUAGCAAGAUAUUUUUCAGUGCUUUUAUUUACUAUGCACUUAGACUAUGCACUUUUUCUGAAAUAUUUUUGUAACACUUUUUUGUAUUUUUGCCAUUUGAAAAGGUUGUGGUGUAGUUGGUCUGUAAUUAAGUUGCAGAUUUAAAACUGCUGUUAGCUUUGUAAAUCAAAAUAUAGGUGUUUUUGUCCUGGUAUAUUGUCAUUCCAUCUACAGCUGGAGCUGGAAUACCAUUGAUCUUCUAGCUACCAUUCAUUUUCUUCACAGUUCACAAAAGAAGAAUGUGAAAUUCAGUGAAUGCUGUUACUAAUCCUGUCGGGAGAUGAAUCUCAUUUCACCAAAAUUAAAUUAUGUUUUUCCACUAAAAUGAUGAUACAAGUUGAAGACACAUCACUCUGAAAUUGGAAGACCUCACCACUUAAGGCUCCGCAGUGGCUUACUCAGCUGAACUCUAGGUUACUACUCUUUACUUUGUUCACCCAUUGGGGGGUGCAGUUUUUUAAAUGUUGGGAGAUGGCCAUUCUAACUACUGUUGAAUGUCUCUGUUUUGGGAAGGUAUAACAAGAAAAUAAAAAAGAAUAUAUAUGAAGGGAGAGACUGGUUAUCUCCUCCCAUACGGUUGUGCUCAUGCUCCUAUGGCCUGCAAGUGGAAUUUUGGAGGGUUGCUUUUACUAUUAUUUUCUAUCAACAAAUAUUAAGAGAUUUUUCCUAUUUCUACUAGUCCUUGCAAUGUUUUGAGCAGAUUAUACUUUAAUAAUUAUAAAUUUAAUUCCAUUAUAAUAAAAAUACCAAACAAAAGGAUUUUAGAAUCCAAGCCACUGAGCUAGUUUUCUCUUAACAUUUGCUGAAAUAUUGAGAUUAUGUUCUUGUAACUUGACUAGAGUGAACCAUGGGAAGGGGUGGCCUAGAUGUUUUCAGCUUAGCUCCUAAAAAUUCGCCAGUAGUUUGUGAGAUGAGAUAGUUGACUCUUUCUGAGCCAGACUGAUAGCAGUAUUUUAGGUUUUCUCUUUGUCAGUUUUCAAGACAAUGAUAACCGUGUGACCAACAUGUAAGUAGGUCUGUGAGCUAUAGUAAAAUGUUACAAACAUAAAAAUUUUAGGUAUCUCAGAUGUGCUGUUCCUUUUGAAGUGAGACUAUACUAUAAUCACGUGAUGGUUGCUCACAACAUUUGGGGGAUCCCCCCAAAAAAACUUCCACUCUUCUCUGGAAUACAUUUAUUGACAAACUUUUAGUGCACUUCUCAUCUUUCAAACAGCCUAAGAUGGCGAUGAAUUGAGUGUACUUGAUCUAGUCAGGCUAUGCAUUUUGUAUUUAAUCAUCAAAUAGUAUAUUGUUGAAGUAAAAUGAUUUAUAUUCUGAAAUGACGUGUUAGGCCAGUUUUGAGGACAUAUGCAAAUGGUACAGUGGAAAUGUUGAGCAAUAUCAGAGCUGUUAGAGAAGCUAGCUGUCCCAAGACACAUUUUAAGUUGGUCAAAUUCACUGUGUCUGUUGCUUGGGGCUGUGGACCCACGGUGGCUGGAGUUCUACAAUGAGAACAAAGGUGCAGCAAGUUUGAGAGACCUGGGAAUUCACACUUAAUUCUGUUGUUUGGUCUCUGCUCCUUUUCAGCCAGGUGGGGCAAAUUGGUUCAUUAUACCUUUUACUUUUACCAAACCAGAUCCCUUAAAGAGGUUUUUCAAGAAACUCCUACUGUGUUGUUGCCUUUCAUGUACAUCUAUCUGGAUUGAAAUUUUGAAGAAAUGUUUGUAAUAUUAAUGAUUGUUUUUAGUAUUGGGAGCAAUGUUGAGAUAUUUGGUGUCAGUACCACCCAGGACCUGAGAGUCAAAGCACCUAACUCAUUAGAUGACUUCUACAUGAGUAGAAGAGUAAAAUGGAGGUGGAGAAAGUCUUAAAGAGACCAAUAGAUCCAUGUCGUUCAUCAUGAGGAGGCUAGCCAGAGCAAUAUAAAUCAUAGUUAUUCGUCUGAUAGUUAAAUUAAGGAUUUUUAUCUGGCCAUUUAUCAUUCCAAUCAUGUACAUUUUUCAUAGGUAAAUAUUUGUAAGAAGAGCUUGAAGAAAUGAUUUUAGCUGUUUUCCAUCACAGUGCACCUUCCAGUUUGACUUUAGGAUGUCAGAAACUGCACCAGCUGCAGAAUUCAAAGGUGACCAAGAUAAUUCCAUUUUAACAACUCACGGUGUAGUAGAGGAGAUAGCAAUUUUGUGCCCCUAAGUUACCAUUACUAAAAAGUGAGCAUUUGGAUGCCGUGGGAGCACUUAGCAGGGACAUCUAACUCUUGGUGGUGUUUAAGGCUUUUGGAAGAGUAGGCUGGAAGUCCAAGCGAGUGUGGGAGCAGAUUCAUUAGAUGGGGAGCAGCAAAUGAAAGAUGUGAAAUACAGAUAGGUGUGGCAGGUAGAGAA